UGGUUGCGAGGAAGCAACAUUAUCAUCGCGAUGACAGUUUUCCCACAUGUAUUGCUUAUGCUGUCGUUAUUUUGUUUCCUAGGAGAUUUUUCUGGUAAAAAUAGUUUCGCCACUGCUACAGCAUUAGCCUGCCCACCAUCCCCAUGCUCGUGUUUUCGCAACAUUCUUUCCUGCAUUUCAGAAGAUAAGGGAUUAAAGCUGAAAAACAUCCCCACACUAGACUCUGCUGUAGACUUCACUGUCCUAGAUUUCCGUGGUAACAGCAUUUCCAAAUUAAAAGGAGCGAUAUGGGCUCAGUAUCAGAAUGCAGUAUACCUCAAUUUGAAACAUAACAAUCUGACGGAAGUAAACAAACUCUCCUUUGCUGGACUGUUCAAAUUAAAAUAUCUGUUUUUAUCUGACAAUCAAAUAAUGUUCAUGACAAGUUAUGCCUUUGAGCCAUUGUUACAUAUCCAACUAAUUGAUCUCAGUAACAACCAACUCAUUGGUAUUCAGGAUGAUCUUUUCAAGUCAAACUCCGGAUUCCCUUACUUGAAAGUAUUAGAUCUGAGCAACAACCGCAUCGUAACUAUUGGCUGCGAUGCUUUCGGAAUGCUUUCCCAAUUGAGUUUCUUGAAUAUGAGUGGCAACGAUCUGGACUUCAUAGGCGAUCGUGCUUUUGAAAAUAUGACAUCAUUAACAUAUUUGGAUAUCCACACAAGCCAAAUCUCAAUAAAAACACUUGGCGUUAUACUGCAUAAGAAAAAAAGUGUUAUAAACCUGUAUCUGUCCCAUGCCACUAAAUGCUGUUUGUGCAUGUUCCCAAGUCACACUCGCUUCUAUCUUAGCAGAACUUUGGAACUGGAUUGCAAAGAUUUGAAAUGUGAAAUAACUUUGAAAAAAUGCUAUCCAAAUGAAGAAAAUUCCCUGCAGUCUGUAAGACCCAGCUGUAAUCCAACAAUUCCAGAGAAAAUUAAUGAAUGAAUGGAUCCAAGAAUUUAUUUAGGAGUAACGACUUUAACUCUCUUACAUCUGAUAUGAACAGUACUACUACUGCUGUGCCCAUAAACAACACAUACAAACGAGUGUACAUUAACCAAACAGUCAUAGUAAUACCAGUUUCAAAAAGAUCAUUCAGACUUCGAGUUAAACCUCGCACAAACAGUAGUGAACUUAGUAUCAAGGCUGCCUUAUAUUUUAAACCAAUUAGCUGCACUGAAUGAAAAAACAGGAAAAACUUUGCCAAUUUCCAAAAAAAAAAGAUUGAAGCCAAAUUGUGAAAAUCUUUUCAAAGGACCCAUUACAGGUAGCAGAUUUAAACAAUAAAUAAUUCUAAAGCAAU